AUGACUUUAGAACAACGCCAGGCAUUACAAGCCUUGGUUGAGCGUCAUGAUGGUGCCGACGAUGACAUGAGUAUGGACUUUUCGUCGGAUUUCAACGAGAUCUUGCGAGGAGAUCAGCAACUCGAAAUCAGUCACAGCGGGAGAGAGUUGGAAGACCUUGCUCAGGAGAUAAUGGGCGACUUCUGGAAAGGGACCACACCCAAGGGCCAUGGUCCACGACGUAAUGAUCAUCGCACACGCCGUGAUCGAGUCCAACACCGUGUAGACGCAUUUGAUGCCCAGCUUCCGGCGAUUACAGAAGCUUACCUUGAAUGGAGUUUGCAGCGUGUUCGAAGCGCUGAGAAGGUAACUCUCACCCUCAAGGCCACCGACUCCUUUAUCGCUUCUGCCCUCGUUCGUCAGGGUGUAAUCCCUUGUUCUCCGAUCUCUCCAUCUGUUGCUGUGACAGUGGAUGCCCUUGAGUUCUACCGAAUCGCACAUCUACGUGACCUGCAUUUCUCGAUGCAAGCAUUUGCCAAGACUCUUUGUGAUUGCAUGCGACUUAAGGUUGAAUAUCGUCGCUACCUCUCACGUCAACUGACCAUAGCGUUUGAUCUAUAUCUACAGGUCCGCUCAAGUGUUGAUGCACUCGUGGCUGAAGUCCUUAAUCGCAACACGCCUGAUUGGCGCCUCAAGCAUGCAUGUCCAUCAUGCACUUAUACAUUGGCGGACGAAGAUCAACUCACAUUCAAGCUCCUGUACGCCAUGGAUGGCAACGACUCGUUGAAGCGCAUUCUUCAGCGAACGCUUGGUGUAGAUGACGAGGACACUCAGUCAUCUGAACUCCCCACAACGCAACAAGUCCGAGGUGACCGAUAUCUCCCUCGCGACUAUGUCAACAGUUGGGGAAAUGGUCGAGAAUCCGUGUGCAGGACGAUGGAAAACAUGGAUGACGAAAAGACUAAACGGAUGUGGGGAGUGUAUGAUGAAACAGGUAUAUUUAUUGCCGUCUGCCACCAUGGCUUUAGUCUGGUGAUGGCUGAUAUGGUACAGAGCAGGGAAUUGGCAAAAUAUCCACUUGCUGUGGUUUCGAAGCUUCUCGACACAUUUGGUAGCGACCUCGGUGGUGGAUACGACAUCGGAUGUCAAUUCAAGACAACGCUCGACAACAGUUCAUUGGGUACCCGUGCACAAUCCCUCAACUACACAUCGCUGCUCGACCACCUCGCAACGUAUGUUUCUGGUCUAGGGCUCGAAGACUUGGAGACAUGUGAACGUACCUUCUCGAAGUCAAAUGCAUUAGCGUCGACAAUGCGCUAUGCCAGCAUCUUCCACCGUCAGCAAGGUAUUACAAAUUAUUUUGAACACAAUGAUGACUAUGAGGUGUACGCGAAUUUAUCAAAUUUUCUGUACCAUAACUACAAGCAAGCCCUCGAUAUCAUUUGUGACAGCCAAAUAACGCUACCGAAGCUCAUGCAAGAUAUCAACGUUACCGAGGAAUCUACUUUCGAUGAGUGGUUGAAAGAGGAGAAAGUUUACCUCCAGGGUCUUUGCACCGAGCCCGAGCUCGAGACGUUGCAGAUGGAGUAUUGGCAGAAGUUGGUCAAUCUGAGCGCCAGCAAGAACGAACUGGAUACUGCCAGCUCACUGUGGGCUAUGUCCACACCUUCAAAUGCCCAUAGCUUGGCAUCCGACGAGAGCGCGACAAGACGGCUUGAGACGACCAGAAGGCAUGCCCUGGAGAAUUUUGAGAAGGACUUGGGAGUCGUGCAAGAGCUUGAACAAAAACUCGGGAUCUUGCAUCGCUGGACACCCGAAGACGCCGACUGGCAAAACGCAGGACGUCUCAUUGCUAACCGAAAAUACCAGCUCUCGCUUGACCAGUUGGAAGGCCUCAUUGUGGCACGGAUUUUCGAGCUCACCAAAAUGAAUAGGUCUGGCACGGGCUAUAAGAUGCGCAAACACAUCGCCAAGGCAUUGCAAACUCGUUCUAUGGCAAUCAGGAAUGCUCUUGACCGCUAUAACGCUGCAGUCGAGGUGGUGGAGUAUGCAUUUCUUGCAGACUUCGACCUCCUUCGUGACUCACGUUCCGACGUCUCACAACGGCAAUGGGCAACGCCAGCAGCUCGCCAAGCCACUGACUUAUAUUUCAAACACUGUCGUGCUAAAGAAGAGAUCACCCGACUCAAUGUUGAGGUGCGCUGCCUUGCCUAUAUACAUGAUGAGGAUCACUACCUUCGCGAGUGUCAGCAACAAGCGGAGGCCUUUAGUCCAGCUCUCGCACAUCAGAUCAGUUUGCGGCGGCAAGCCCGAGGCAGGUUCAACUUUUGUCACAUCAAACACUUGCAAGACAUCGCCAGACUUCCUGGGCACCGGAGAGAGUACAAGCCUACCGCACGCCAGCAUUCCUGCAAGGCUGACAUCCCUGACACCCACACCCUCAUUUCCUCCUCCAGCUUGAAGCCGCUUGCUACAGAGUCCGCGGAUGAUCUUGACGAUAACGAAGAGGAACUAAUGAAUAUGGAGGAGGCUGCCGAAGCCCUACAGAACGUUCUGCAUAUCGCCAUGGACUCAUGA